GCCGCCGCCGCAAUGUUCGGCUGCUUGGUGGCCGGAAGGCUGGUGCAGACGGCGGCCCAGCAGGUGGCCGAGGACAAGUUCGUGUUCGACCUGCCGGACUACGAGAGCGUCAACCACGUUGUGGUUUUCAUGCUGGGGACCGUCCCGUUCCCCGAGGGCAUGGGAGGGUCGGUCUACUUCUCGUACCCCGACCGGAGCGGGACGCCCGUGUGGCAGCUCCUGGGCUUCGUCACCAACGCCAAGCCAAGCGCCAUCUUCAAGAUCUCCGGCCUGAAAUCCGGGGAAGGCGGCCAGCACCCUUUUGGCACCAUGACCAUCGCCAGGACCCCGUCGGUGGCUCAGAUCGGGAUCUCGGUGGAGCUGCUGGAGACCCUGGCCCAGCAGACGCCCGUGGGCAACGCCGCGGUCGCCUCCGUGGACUCCUUCACGCAGUUCACUCAGAAGAUGUUGGACAGCUUCUACAACUUCGCUACGUCAUUUGCAGUCUCUCCGGCCCAGAUGACCCCGAGUCCCUCCGAGGUUUUCAUCCCAGCAAACGUGGUUCUGAAAUGGUAUGAGAAUUUUCAGAGACGACUGGCACAGAACCCUCUGUUUUGGAAAACAUAAACUUGAAUAAAGUCAUUUGAAAAGGGUUUUGAACCUCGAGUCCUGUUGUAGAGAUGGACACAUCAUACCGCUAAAGAGGAGGAGGAUGAAAGAAUAACGAAGAGGAAGCCGAAAGACCACAGUCUAUCUAAAAUCUAAAAUAUGGAAAAACAAAAAAAACACGGUAAACUUCGGUGGGGUUUUCCACCUUAAAGAUAUAUCCGGAAGGAGUAAAAAUAUUUAAUCUCUCUUUUGAUUUAAUAUGCAUCAAGUAUUUAACAGUAAAUGAACGCAGAACUGUAAUACUGAUUUUCAGUUGCUUUUUGAUUCAAAAUGACCGUCAAGUGCCACUGGUCCUCUUUGUAAGCCAUUCUGAUUUAUUUCGCCGUGGCAUUUCAGAUCAGUUAAAUUUGAUACGAUAGGUCACAGUUUUAGGUAGCAUUUCUUCAGUGUGUAAAUAUUCAUAAUUUUCCAAUAUUGAAGGAAGAAUUUGUAGGGGACCUCUCUUAUGAUCACAGGAUUUAGGCUUGUUUUUUAUAUUCCCAACAUUCGCCACUUUCUCUGCAUAUCAAACAAAAUUGCGAUGAUCGCUAAUGGUUGAAAUCCGUGACUGAAGUGCCACAGCAUCGUUAGGGGCUUAGACACAUGGAAGAAUUGAACACCUUUGCAUGUGCUGUCAAACUUGUCCGUUACAACAAAAGAACUUCAACACAUCCUUUCUAUUUUCAAAUAUCUUCCCGAAGAGUUGCUUUUUUAUUCAUUUGUACACAAAUAAACCAAUUGUCCAUCUGGGGUUCUUGA